GGCCAUCAUGGCGUCUCCCAGUGGGAAGGGAUCCUGUGCGCCGGAGGCUCCUGACUGCGGUUCCCAGCCUCUCCACCCAGACUUGGUGGACUCCGUGGACGACGCCGAGGGGCUGUACGUGGCGGUCGAGCGAUGUCCGCUUUGCAACACUACCCGCCGGCGGCUGACCUGCGCCAAGUGUGUCCAGAGCGGCGAUUUCGUCUACUUCGACGGCCGUGACCGUGAGAGGUUUGCUGACAAGAAGGAAAGGUUAAACCGUCUUAAGAGCAAGCAAGAAGAAUUUCAAAAAGAAGUAUCAAAAGCUAUAGAAGGAAAACGGCUAACAGAUCAGUUGAGAUGGAAAAUAAUGUCCUGCAAGAUGAGGAUUGAACAGCUUAAGCAAACAAUAUGUAAAGGAAAUGAAGAAAUGAAGAAGAAUUCAGAAGGCCUCCUCAAAACCAAGGAAAAGAACCAGAAGCUUUACAGUCGAGCACAGCGGCAUCAGGAAAAGAAAGAAAAGAUUCAGAGGCACAAUCACAAGUUGGGUGAUCUGGUAGAGAAGAAAACCAUUGACUUGCGAAGUCAUUAUGAGCGUCUGGCACAGCUUCGGCAGUCUCACAUAUUAGAGCUCACAUCUGUCAUUUUCCCUAUUGAAGAAGUAAAGACAAGUGUGAGAGAUCCUGCAGAUAUGUCUUCAGAGAGUGAUAGUGCCAUGACCUCCAGCACUGUGAGCAAGCUUGCCGAAGCCCGAAGGACAACUUACCUCUCUGGGAGAUGGGUCUGUGAUGAUCACAAUGGAGACACCAGUAUUAGCAUCACUGGGCCUUGGAUUAGCCUCCCGAACAAUGGCGACUACUCUGCCUAUUACAACUGGGUGGAAGAGAAGAAAACAACACAGGGGCCUGACAUGGAGCAUAAUAACCCUGCAUAUACCAUCAGUGCUGCACUGUGCUACGCCACUCAGCUGGUCAACAUUUUGUCCCAUAUCCUCGAUGUCAAUCUUCCAAAAAAACUGUGCAACAGUGAAUUUUGUGGAGAAAACCUCAGCAGACAGAAAUUUACUCGAGCAGUGAAGAAAUUGAAUGCAAAUAUCCUCUACCUUUGCUUUUCUCAGCAUGUAAAUUUAGAUCAAUUACAACCACUCCAUACCCUCAGGAAUCUAAUGUACUUGGUCAGUCCAAGCUCUGAACACCUCGGCAGGUCGGGGCCUUUCGAAGUGCGAGCUGACCUCGAGGAGUCCAUGGAAUUCGUGGACCCUGGAGUAGCUGGAGAAUCAGAUGAGAGUGGAGACGAGCACGUAAGUGACGAGGAGACCGACCUGGGCACAGACUGGGAGAACCUGCCGAGCCCCCGUUUCUGUGACAUCCCCUCCCAGCCUGCAGAAGUCUCCCAGAGUCAGAGCGCCCAGGCAUCCCCGGCCAUCGCCAGCAGCAGUGCGGGCGGCAUGAUCUCCUCGGCUGCGGCCUCAGUCACCUCCUGGUUCAAAGCGUACACUGGACACCGCUAG